CGCGCGCUAGUGUUCCAGUGUGCCGCUACCCAUCAUUGAUCCAAAGCGUGCCAUUCUGCAAUAUCACGUUUUCCCUUACAUGAUUCUCCUCGCCUUCCUUCAACUAUCGUGCCUUGGAUCAUAACAACAUCUCAGAAGGCCAGGCGAAGGCCGCGUGAUGCUAACCCUUCAGCCAAGUCCACCCAUGACCUCCCAACGAAACUAUGGCGUGCAUCCGAGUAGCCGCAAUGUGAGAGGACCUGUCCCCACGCGUACCUCUAGUCCGCCCGAAUCAAUAGGCGGUCUGCAGGAUCAAGGACAUGAUUUUACGUUUGUGUCCCCUCAAAAGCCUGCAAAAAAGUUUUCGAAUAGAAUUGAGGAUUAUGAACUUAAAGAAAUGUUGGGAAGGGGAGGAUUUGGCUUUGUUCACAAGGCUGUCAGCAAGAGCAAAGGGACGUAUGGUCGGGAGGUGGCCAUCAAGAUGAUUGAUAAGCGGUUGAUGAAGGCAGCCAACAUGACCCGUCGAGUCGCGAAUGAAGUGGAAAUUCACUGGCAGUUGCAUCACCCAUCCAUUCUGGAGCUGUACAAUUACUUUGAAGAUCAAUCUUACGUAUAUCUUGUGAUGGAACUGUGUCAAAACGGAGAGCUGUACCGGUACAUUCAUCAGAGAAAGUGCCCUUUGACGGAGCCAGAGGCGCGCGGCGUGAUGGCCCAGAUUGUCCGUGGCCUGUUAUACCUACACGCAAACGGCAUUAUUCACCGUGACCUCAAGCUGUCAAAUCUGUUACUGACAGACAAUUUCGAUGUGAAAAUUGCAGAUUUUGGAUUGGCAGUUAAACUGAAUGAUCCAGAAGGGGAACAGAAAACCAUGUGUGGAACACCAAAUUACAUAUCACCUGAGAUCGUAUCUCGACAACCAUAUGGGCUCGCGUCCGAUGUGUGGUCUCUGGGAUGCAUGAUAGUCACCAUAUUGACCGGAACGCCCCCAUUCGAGAGCAAAGCUGUGAAGAAUACGCUCGACAGAGUGAGUCGUGUCGACUACAGUCUCCCUGACAGUCUCUCAGCACAUGCAAAGGACUUAGUGCAUCGAUUGCUGCAAAAGGAUCCAAAAAGGCGCCUGGCACUCACAAAAGUUUUGAGCCAUCCAUUCUUUAACCCAACUCUGCCAGUAUCGUCUCUACGACCGCUUUCUCCAGUCUUUGACAGUACCCAAAGAAGAAGAUCUCCAUUACGAGAGGUUAAUCGACAGCCGACUGCUACAAACAGUUCUGGAGCGGCACCGGGAUCAUCUGACGUCCUGACAGAACGCGUCGGUUUUACCGAGAACCAGCGACAUACACCAUCUGAAGGAGAUAGUAGAUCCAAAAGUGGUCGGGUACGCGCCCCGACACGCGCUGAGCAGGAAGACCUGGUAGAUCACCGGCGACUGAAAGAGAAUGCGGGGAAUGCGGUGAAUGGGAGGGAUGGCUAUCGUGGAUCAUCUACAUCCAGCCCAUUUAUUGGUGAAGCAGGAGAAUCUGGCAAUUCUCCGAGGCACAGAUCCUCAGAUGGAUCUCGCACUGUCAGUUCAGAACCACACAAUAUGCGAUAUUACAAAAGUGACGUGCCCGAACUACCUGCCUUUUCAACGGUGAGAUUGAAACCACUCCGACAAAAGACCAAGCAUGGGAAUGUUAGCAUCCUUGAGACAGGCGAAUUGCUUCUUGACUUUAUCGGGGAAGAGUACCUAAUGCUUAUUAGUAGCGACAGUAACGAGAUUGCUUUGUUUGACCGAUCAGUCGAUCCAUUGAAUUCCUCUGCUCGACCGGUGCAGACAUUUGAGCGCGCGACUCUGCCGCCAGGGUACGUUAAAAAGUACCGCUACGGCAGCCGUUUCGUAGAGCUUGUACGAUCCAAGACCCCAAAGAUUAUAUUUUAUUCACCGCAAGCGAAAUGCAUAUUAAUGGAAAAUGCUCCGCUUGCAGACUUUGAAAUGGUUUUUUACAACGGCACCCGUGCGCAUUAUUCAGUGUCGCGCGGAAUGAUGGAAGUUCGGCUUUCCAGAGGGGAUAGUGAGGACAGGGACAGCGCUGAAGUCCACCAGAUCCGGUUACCAAGUCCUUCUGUGGCAACCAGCACAUGUGAGACGUUGGAUAUACCUUCCCAUGUUGCACCCGUGGUUCGCCACGUCCAAGAGUGCCUGAAACAAUGCAUGGACGUUGAGAGAAGCGGCAAGCUGGAUUCUACAACACGGUAUCCAGUCAUUCUAAAGAGUUCUCACUGCAGGAUUGUGUCGGGAGUGUCGAGAGGGAGGGACGGUGAUGCGCGGGAGGCAGACUCGUUUCAUCCUAGUGCCAUGUCGACAUAUACGAGGAGUGGCAGUAGCGGGGCGGUGGCCAGCACCAGAAAUGGCAAUACCCCUCGACAGGGCAUCAAUGCUGGUGCUAGCGAUAACUGGCCUCUUCAAGGGGAGUAUGAUGCCAGGCCUGUACAAAGCGGUGCUGUACAAAGCCGAAUGUGGGAAAAGGUUGGACAAACGGCGCGGCAGGAUACCUACAAACCCAGCGGGCAACGCAGUCAUCAGAAUCGCGGAGGGAUCAUGUCUGCCGCAACAUCCACAGUGGGUCGGUCAACACAGGCACCUGUACGCACGACCGCCAGUGACACGUUUGCGAUCAGAAAGGCACCUACGAACGCGACUCAUGCCGCUGGUGAGGCAAAGAUAUCAUCCGGAGCAUCCACCUCUGGAGCAAGUGGAGAGUUGAAUUUCCAGUUUCUGGCGAAUGUGGGCUGGUGCAUGAAAACCACCGAAGGGAAAUUUGUCAUGUUGUUUGGAGACGGUGUACGAAUGGUCGUUGACCCGCGUGACCAAACGCUAGAGUGGGCCGAAGCGGAUAGAACCGAGCAAGAUGGAACGAAAAGGUUCCAAAUCGAUAAGCACCUCCCCGAUUACGCCAAAACCAAACUGGCGCACUUUCCACAAUUUCUUCAGUUGGCUGGGUUUGCGGGUGCGCAUGGGAGUGGGAGUUCCACUGGUGGUGCUAGAGUGCCCACUGGUCCUCGUGGGGCUAGAGGUAUGCGAUGAGAGGAAUUUGAGAGUGGGGACUUUGUACCUAUGUGUCUUUUGAUACAGCAUGGAAUGGGUAUUUUUUUGGAUGUUUUUUUAGAAACUGUUUUUUUUUUGUGGUAAUAUAAUGUUUGAGAGAUGUGCAUGGUGA